AGUUGAGAAGGGAAGUGAUAUUAGUUUUCUAGUUUUCACAGCUUUCCUGUUAAAAACAACAGGAAAAAGGAGCAGAACCAUUGAAGCUUCCAAAAGACGUGUGGUUGUGUUCUCAGUAUUUUGUUCUGUUGCAUUUGAUCCAUUUGAGUUCGAGAAAAAGACUUAUGAAUACUGGUGGUUAUAAGCAAAGACUAAAACCAGACGCUUUGCCUACAAUGUUAUCUCACAAGGUGUCCAAACACUCUCAGACAAUGAGUGAAAAUUGCUUAAAGAAACAGGAAUGACAGGGGACUUAAGAAGCUUUUUUUGCUAGGCUACAGCAGAUGCUGUAUCUGAAAACACACUAAAUGGCAUGACCCUAGUGGUAUCUGGAGGUAUCUGACAUUCUGCCAGUUCAUACUGCAGUUGCCUGGACAAAUCAGAUGGAGCUGAAGGUGGCAAUCACAUCUAGCCGGCAAUUAUGGACAGUGUUUACGUGGGUGAACAUGACCUCUCAUGGUGUAUUCACAUAAUAAAAAUGUGCACCCCUAACAUCCAACAAAAGGCAGAGGAGGAGGAGGAGUACAACUGAUAGCUUAAAUCAGAAACAUUUUUUCAGAACUUACCAUUAAGUCCUAUAAUUUCACUCACUUCUCUCAAAGCCCACUCCUUUUCUCCCUAUCCUUGUCUAGAAGUGCAGUUGAAUCAGACAGCUCCAGCUGCCCACAAACACAGUCAAUAAAUUAGUUCUCAAUUUCUCAUUGUCAGCAUCAGGAUAAUCCCAGCUCUAAGGGACAUACUGAGAAGCAAUUUAUAUUCCAAAGUUAAAAUAUUGUAAUUCCUGCAAGAUGCUGAUUUCCCUUGAUUUGUAUAUCAGUUUGCUUUGCUGCAUAAACUCUGUCUGAAAUCUGGCCACAAAGAAACUUUGCUUUGCUUGGUGUAAUCACAGCAUAACAACUGUUGACAGAAAACAAAGCUCUCCCUAUCAAUGUAGAGGGGCAGUUGCUGCGCAGAUAUUGAUUUUGAUUAACACUUCAUUUUGAGUAAUGCCCAUUAUAUUUUCCUCUUCACUUACAUUAUGCUCUGGUUCAAAGUAAAAAGAUAGAUGUUUAUCUUGCCCUAAGGUCCAAAGACUUGGACAGUUUGUCACUAGAGAGUCUGUGCUGCUAUUUAAAUGAAGUAAAGUUACAAUGUGUUUUUUGUUUUUUUGUCAGUACUGUUUGAUUUCUGAGGUUUAUACGAUUUCAAUAACUGAUGUUUGCUCACAAUGAGCCAGACCAAGUCUUAAUUAAUGAAUUGGAAUAGAUAACUUGCAAAUGCUUUGGUAUACCACUACCUAUCAGUUUAUUUCUUUGUUCAUCUGCCUAAUGUCACUGGGGAUCCUAUCAGUUAAACGCCAUCACUAUGUUUUUAGAGAGAAAUGCAAGGCAUGUGUCUACAGAUAACAUUUAGAGCAGCAGAAAAAUACACAAUCCCCACCCCCACAACCCACCCCCCACUACACGCACACAUGUUUAUUGUUCCUGUGUGCUUUCCCAGAGUGCGCAGAGGUUUCCCUUUUACUGCAUUAGCCAUUUAAUGUUGACAAACAAGUGGUUUAAGUGAAAGUGAGAUAAUGCAGAACUUGUGUGUAAUAUAUCUCGCUGUAUGUUUAACAAUGGAAAUGCAUGGAAAAUAUACAUGGCAAUAUAGUCAUUAGGUAACAUAUCUCUUAUCUUUCGUCCCGUAUGGGUUCUGUGUCAUGUAUCUUAAGACUGUUCCCCUGCAAAUGAAUGUUUUGCUGAACAUUAUUGAAUUGCAGAAGGUAAUUAGAGCUUGUUGCUUAGCUACCAGCACAUGUAUGCCUUAGUGUGUGUGUACAUAUGCAUGCACAUUCUUGGUGUUUCCACAGAGCCACGUAAUUCACAAAUCCUGCCAAGAAAAACAGAGGAUAACCAAAUCCAAACAACAGCUGUAAAACACAUAGAUACACAUGUACAUAUACACAGGAAAUCAAUAGGAAAAGCACCAAAAAGUACACUGCUAUUGAUACUGUCUUAUGCCAGUGCAGAGUAAUCCCUAUUUUCUGAUCUCUGGAGUGGAAAUUCAAACAGAUGAUGUCACUGGGCCUUGGGGACACGCUUUUUCUAGCUUGAUGAUCUUCUGCAUGCUCAUGGGUUGAGAUGUUGACUAUUUCCUGUGCUGAACCUUUGUGAAGUCUGAAGCCUGAAAACAAAUUACCUCCCAGAGGGAGGAAUCGGCACCUUGCUGCCCUGAUGACCUUCUGUAUCUGUUUUUCUUUCAUUUGUCAUGAUGUGCUUUUAGAGUUAAAGGCAGUGGGUUGCAGAGAUAACGCACCAAAUAUAGAUACAUCACAAAGGGAGUCCACCAAGGCACCGGGUUAUCAGAAGCACAUAAAGGGGAGGGGGCAGUUUGUUGCAAAGUGAAUGAAAUAUUAAUAAAAUAAUGGCGAUAAGGCCAUUCACUGCUUAUGGCCUUAUCGCCAAAAACAAAACAUAUUAGUAAUCUGUUUCGUUUUUGUGUUAUCUUCUACAGUGAUUACUAUCUUGCAAACCAUUCUAAGAGUUUUAAUCCACAAAAAUGGCUUUUUGGUUAGACGGUGUUCUCUCAUGCAUGUAGAGUUAUUGCUACUCACUUUAAUUGGCAUAAUUUAGAUGAGAUUGCUCAACUUGCUCAUGUUUACUGGAACCUGCUUUGUUGUAGUCGUGUUUUAGAUUUGCAAAGGACUGGGGGGAGACAAAAGCCAGAUACUAAAACCGUACUUUUUUUGUGCCUGGAUGUGAACUCAUUUAUUGUGGAGAAGUGCCCGAGUGUCACUGUGAAUGUAUUCUUUGGUGUUUUUCUGUUUGUACGCAAAUGCAAAUUGUUCAAUGUGCGACGGUACAACAGUAUUAAGCCCUUCUGUGCUGUCUAUGUAAGUGUUUCCCUUUAUUUCCACUCAUCUCUGUGUCUGUAGUGUGGAUGUGGGCGUACAGUGUAGAUGCCUGUGUGGGGAGGAGGGGGGUAAUCUCCCUCCUGGGCUGUCAUUAUCUCCAGGGUUGGGUUUCAGAGGGCCAUAAUGACGACUUGGUUGUGUGGGCGCUGAAGAGCAGCAUUCACACUGAAGUCGAGCAAUUUGUGUGUGUGUGUGUGUGUGCAUGCACUAAACAGGUGUUCGUGUAUGUGCCCUGAGUGUGGGCACGCUGGUGUAUGGACCUGUCAAUGUCUGAUUAUAUAUCUGAGUGUGUGUAUGUGGGUUUAUUCCUCAGUCUGUCAGCCAGCUAACCUCAAUCAAAGUCAGAAAUGGAAACAGCCCACCAAAUUCAUGUACAAAUGCCAAUAGAGUUAAAAACAGAGCAGAAGAAAAUUAGUUGAAUCUGUCUUAUCUCUGUGGUCUUUUUUGUGUUUUUGUGUUUUUUUUUCUUCUGGCCUCUUAUCAAGGCAGGGUCCCCUGGGUGUGAAGCUGACAGGGUGAGUGUUAAUCGGUCACCUUAUCAACUCGACACAUCCUUGUGAGUCAAAUAGAGCCACUUGCAGUAGUGAUCUAAUACUGACUUGUGAUCUGCUGUCAAGGAACAGCUGGUCUCAGAUUAGACUCAUUCAUUCAUAUUGCCAUUUAUAAUUCUGAAUUAUUUCAUAAACCUCAGUUGUUAGAUUUUUCCAAGACACCAGGCUGUAUGUUUCUGGUCAAUCAAAAAUGUCAUGUUUUGUGAAGUGGAGUUGGACACACUUUGACUCAACAUGGUUUUGUUUUGACCAUAUAAAUACUGCAAAAGCAAACUCCAUGCAGAAUUACACAUCCUGAGACAAUAAUUGUGCACUGAUACUGGCAGCAGCUGUUUGUUUGCACUGAUUCUGUGGCAGAAGUGGCUAUUGGGAUUUGAUGCCUGAAUGAUUUCAAUCGGACCGAGUUUAGGAGGAGGAUAAGAUACAGAACAAAGCGAAAGGGGAAUAUGAUGAGCAGAAGGAGCACAAAAACUCAAAGGAAGGGAACAUGUUGGAACGAGUAAAUGGGAUGGAGGAAAGAAGAAAGACAAAGGACCAGAGGGAAAGUGAUGAGUGAAACUGUAAAGAUGAGGAUGGAUUGGUCCAGCUAGAUAUAAUCAGAUAAUACCAGGUGCAACGUGCACACAAUGAUGCCUUUUGUUAGUGAACAACUUGAAUGCCAUUUAAAUGCAUGCAGCAAAUUCAUUUCAUCAUAUAUAGGGGGCAGAAAUGGAAAAACUUGUCCUUAUACUGAUGUCUUUAUACAUUUGUCACUUAUUAUCUUAUGUAACAAGCACACACAGAGACGUUUUUGUCGUACAUUUACAUUUGAUGCAAAGUUACUGAUGUUGACUUUUUCUUUCAAAUAAAACGGCUAAUGCUUUAUGCUUAAUGUUUGCAAAUAAUUAUGACUUAUUUUUUAAAGAAGCCAAACAGAAAGUGAUAUAUGGUUAUAUUUGACUUGAUCUAGCUAUACCCUGAAAAACACAAAUCUAGUCACAACUUUUACAAGCAAACCCUAAGUGAAGUACCAUCUGUAGGUCUACUAGAAGAUGUGAAUGCAGCAUUGCAGACAAUCCUUACUGUGACCAUCAAUGAAACCAACCAGCUGAUCUACACCACAGUGCCUGUGAUUUCUGAGAUGCUUGGCUAUAAGAUGAACAGCCAGUAGAUAAGAUGAACAGUGCCGUCCAUGGAGAAAGAGACUAGAGGCCAAGAUCAAGAUAGCACGGAGGGAUGUUAGCCAACUAUCGGAGCUGCAGAAAAGUGCGAUAAAGAAACACCAAGCUGCCCGUUACCUGAAGACUGCCAGACAAAGACUCACAGCUUUCACCAGCUGGUUGAAGAGGUUUACUAGAGAGGUAAGAGAAGUGUACUCUCAGUGGAAGGGGAAUAAUAUGAGAACAGCCCCGCCAAUGCUGGACAAGGAGCAAUAAUGGUUGCGGAUAUGGAAGAAGGACAGCAAUGCUUAGUGUCUAGUAGACUCCCAGAAGGGACCCAUUCAACUACCGGCCGCUAUAACCUGCCUUACUAUCACAUGGAAGUUCCUGUCAGGCAUCAUAGCGGCUAAGAAGAACAGGCACAUGGCUCAAUACAUUAGCUGGGCACAAAAAGGAAUUAGCAGUGUACCAGAGCGGGAAAACACCAGCUAUUUGUAGACAGAGCUGUUGCCCAAGACUGCAAGAUCAAGCUCACCAACCUGUGCACUGCCUGAUUAAAUACAAGAAAGCCUAUGACUCAAUGCCUCAAACAUGGAUCCUGGAAAGCCUAGUAUAUAAGAUCAACAGGACCCUAAGAGCUUUUAUUUGUUUACAUGUGUAUAUUAAACAAAAUACAUUUUUGUACUUUGCAUUCCUCUCCAGGACAUAUACCAAGAUUUGUUGAUUGGUCUUUGCAUAAAAAACUCAUGUAGUACCUAUAGCUACAGGCAAGGACAUAAAAUGCAGCUGUACAAUAUGUGGGUGAUGAUAAACAAGUCUAAUUAUUCACUGCAGGAGCCUCUAUACACUGACUGUAGCUUGAAUAAUUGAAGAAUGAGGGAACAAAGUCUGGACUUUUUAGGAUCCUUGGAUAUUCGGUCAUCACGUUGUAACCGCAGUGAUAAAAAAAUAAGUUACUUCAUAGUAUAAUAGUAUAAAUAAAAUUAGUAUAAAUUAGUAUACAUUAAAUGUAAUGUCACAGAAUAUCACCAUGUGACUCAUUUAUUCACUAAAUAUAUUCCUUAACUCUUCUGACAUGUAACUCUGUAGUUGAAUCAUGUAUACAUCACCUACUUUGUCUCAAGUGUGUUUACAAUUCCUUUAGUCUGGUCUGUUUAUUGGUUUUCUGUCUUAAAUCUCAGCAUUUCAGUAAUAGUGUUCUAUAAACGUUUCCUUCUUGAACAUUUCCAGGGGUACUCACUGGUUUCUGCCACCACAAAGUGUUUAUGACUACAGUGACCUGAUUCAAACUGCUGUAUGUAUGUCAAAACACUGUAUCUCUCAUUUCCUCCACUAGUUUUUCAUUUGAUUAUAUGAUUAUAUGUAGCUAAUAAGCAGUUACAUAUAGCAGCAUUUUCCAAAUUUUUGUUGAUAGCAACAAAUGACAGCUGUCGUUUCAUUUGCUGUGGCAAGCAUUGUAAUUAAGCUAUCGCCUGUUUGUGUCCCUAGUUUCCAUGCUGUCCAAAUUAUUAGUAUGUAAUGAUAAAGGAGAAACGGCAACUUGAAUACCAUGAGACAUUUUGCAUCGCCAAUUUCGACCUGAUGACUUCCAGACGUCAUCUCACUUAAAAGUCUGAUGUGCUUCAAAAUGUGUGUGUGUGUGUGUGUUGUUACUGGUGACAUGUGCAUUUCCGCUUAGCAAACAGAGCUUGAAAUUAAGACCAUAGGUGGCAUUAGUCAUCGCAAUCAGCGCAGAGUGGGUAGGCGACACUUAAGGACGGCAGACUUGUUCUCAUUAGCUGCGGAGUGGCUGUGUUUUUCUUGACAUGCUGUGAGUUUAAGAGUUGUUGUUAUUGUCACAAUGAAGUGCAGGACCCAAGCAUGUUGUCCAAUUUCUGUCUAUUUUGAGACAAGUUUCUCUAAGGAUUUGUUCAGCCAGUGAGCGGAAAUGGUGGAAAUGAGUCUGUCGAAGCGUUGCAUUGCUAAAAAGCCCAAUUUGUAGGGAGCUCUGUUUCGACGAUUUCUAGCCAGAUUUAUUUCCCAUCAGCGCAGUGGAGGUAUUAGUGAAAAUGACACGACCUGCUUAAGCAGAAAGGAAUGAGCAUGCAGCUCUCAUAAAAGGUUUUAUUAGUCUUUAUAUGAAAUCAUUUGGAACAUCACAGUGUCUGAGUGCAUAGUCUCAGAGGGAUAGCUCAAGUGGGACGUGCAAUUAGAGAAAGACUGCAAAGGGAGAAUUAUUGAAGGUGGUGCUUGAGAAGAAUUAAGAUUUCAUUUACCCCCUCAGAAUUUGUUUCUCUUCUGGGCCACUGCAUCUUUGAGCCUUGAAAUCUCUGGUGCAUUUGCCAUUUAGCUCUCGUGCUUUGUCUUGCCAACUUAAUUAGCAUCAGUGGACUUGGCUUGUCAGACUUUAAUAAGCAAAAGCAAUGAUGGAAGUACUUGGUUGAGCUUGUAAACAUAGACCAGGGAGCUCCGGUAUUGAGGAUGCAAGUACAGCUCCACAUAGUGGAUUAUUUAGCAAUGGCCAACCACAUUUCUACCCACUAGUUCAAAGGGUCUAGCAAAACUGCAAAACCUAAAUACUAAAACUGGCUUUGAAUUUGAAAGCGUUCCCAUGUUUUUCUUAAAUGUUACAACAACUGCUUUUUGCCUUGAGUAUAAUAAGCUUUAACACUAAUUAUCACUUAUAAAUUUAUCUUAAGUUGCUGUUGUAUAGCUGUGUUGUAGGGUGAUUUCAUGUGUGCUGCUGUGAUUAUCUGGUUCUCCUGCCUAAAGGCAAUCAGGUAAAUGUUUUAUAAUCAAUAAAGCUGCUGUGGUUCACUGAUCAUGAAUGUGCAGCAGUAUUUUAGGAAAGAGCCCAGUGGCAGUCCUUUCAAGUAAUUCAUCUGCCUGCCAAUCACCUGAUGACUUUUUCAUCUCCUGUCUACAGCACCUCACAUCAUAGCAUUAUAGCAAUUUUCUCUGUUCCUUUAUAUUCAGUCUGUCCUGGAUUCACUUUCCUGUCUUGUACAUGAGUGUUAAUGUAGCAGCCUUGCUUGCUCAUGAGCAGACAUGUGCUGUGUUAGUAAACUGUUGACAUAGAAGUUCUGUGGUAUAAGCUUCUGAAAUCUGCAAUUGAUGUGUGAUGGUCUUAAAGGCUAAAUAAGAUAAAGUGGUGCACUUUCUUGUUUUAACAGAUUUUCUUUUUCAAACUGUGCAAACUAUUAACUAAACUGUGUGUUAAUUUAAAUGCAUCAUUAAAGUUCUUUAUGCUUGUAUGUUCCUUCAGGUUGUUUACACUGAGUGAUCAGUACUAUAUAGGCUGAACAGUAAUUUUAUUGUAAGUGAAAUGAAAAUUGCAGGUAUGUUUUUGAAUUAUUACAUGAUUCAGCUGUUCAUUUAGUAAACGAGUAUCUAGGUAAACUAACUGGAGUAUAUAGUGGAUGCUUUCAUGUAAGGCAAAUGAAGAGAGCCGUGCCACUCAUUUUUGGUACAGCGUCAUGCUGGGAGCAGCUGUUUUAUUCAUGAAACUGUCGAUUUGUUUGCCAUUAAUGUGCCUUAACGAAAGUGCCAGAAAAGGUUUCAAACGUAUUUGUAUCGGGGGAAAAAUAUUCAGGAGUUUACCGAGAUGGUUGUGGUGGAAAUACAUGUUGCACAAACUGAAGUAGUGUUUCUUAUUACUUUAGCGAGUUUUCUCUGUUCAUAAAUAACUUAACAGCUCAACUGACAUUUUGAAGAGUUGAUGGCGUGUUUCUUCUAAUUAUUAUUAUUAUGGAUGAAUCAAGCGCUCUGGCAUACUCAUUCUACUAAAGUAAAGUUCCACAGUCAUCUUCAUUUUUGGAAGAGAACAUAAGGUUAUGACUGAUAAAUGGUUGUUGAACCUUUUCCGCACCAAACAGCCUCUGGCAAGUUUGCAGUUAGCAAGCAGUAGGAUCCCCGUUUGCAGUGCUCAGAUGCAUGUGUACACUCUUGUGUGUAAGCCUGCCAGUGGAAUUGGCUAGACUUCUUCCUCCUCUUUGGCUAUACUGAGCACAGGGAGACAGCUCACCCACAGCAGUGCUAGCUCACUGCGUUAAUAUGUUUUGACAGAGGAAGCAUUAUCACAGCUCUCAACUCUCAUCUGCAGCACGAAGCACGAUGCUGAGGCGACCCCAGUGAUCACGGAGAUUUAAAGGGAGACUUAUUAGGCCCACCAGCAGCUUUGGUUCAGUCUAACAAGCUUUUACCACUUUCAAAACAUUAAGUGCAAAUAAAUGUUGCUGUCAGGUGACUGCUUUAAAAAAAAAAAAAAAAUCCCACUAUAUGAGUGUCCAUUUCUAAACAAAUAAAUUAGCUGCUGUUGUGCAUCCAGCUAUACAGCUCAACAGUGACAGCAAUAGCACUAUGGCGCAGCAUGAUGUUGCAUACAUCAGCUCUGCCCCCAAAACCCUGUUUCUUUUUUAAAAGAAAUGUCUUUUUCCUUUCAUCUUCGCAGCUGGAAGUUACUCAUCUUGCAUAAUUGUGUUUAGUUCUUCUGCCAAGCAUUUCUAAGUGGAAGGCUGUGCCAGCUAUAGUCAACCAGCAGGCUUCACUCCUCUCUUAACAUGUUUGUUAUAUCCCUGCAUUGUGCUACCCACUAAUGUAAUUAAUGCAAAUAUCCAGUGUGAACAAUGGCACUUGUUCGACUAAUCACGCUGCAUUAAGUUCUUAGCUUACUCUUGCAUUUGUAUAUUUUAGAUUUGCUUUUCUGGACUUCUUUUGUGCUUCAUUAAAUCUCGUUUUUAACCCUGAGUUGGGUCUGGGCUUCACCUGAAGUAACUGCAAGGGUUGAACAGCUCGUUCAAAGAUGUUCGUUACUGCAGCCUCACAUGAGAUAAAACCCAGGACUAUACUGCCAUCUGUGUGGUUAGAUAUACUGUAAAAUAUCAGCUACACUGUCUGCAAUCCUCUAUUUCACCACUAAGUGUCUCUGUGCUCAAAUCUGUACAUUUCUUCCUGCUACUCAUGAACUCAUUUAGAAUCCACUGUCUGGUUUUAUGCUUUUCUCUUUCCAUUAACUGUCAUUUUAUGCUUCGGACUGUUUCCUUAUGGUCAGCUAUUACCUUUCCAGCACUUUGGAUCACGAACACAGUCUUGGCGAGAGUAUGUGUCACAUGAUACAACAUGAUUCAUUUAUCAGUUUACAGUUUGAAAUGCAGCACCGCGCUGCUUGACAAAUAUUUAUACAGAGAUAAAUGACUUUAGUACACGGAGACAGCAUUAUUGUCUAUGAUUUUACGAGUAUGCACACAUUGAUUUUUAGAGAACAUGAGCUACUGGGUACUGGGUAAUAUCAACAAGUGUUCCUCGAAUUUUAUUGACCCUGUUUCCCACUAAAGCUUGGUAAAAUGCAAUAAAGUAUAAGACUACUGUAAACUGCAGCCUUCAAAAUAGAGUUUAAUCAGCAUGUUUUUAGAACAGUGCAAUAUGAAAAAGAACAUAAACUAAUCCAGCGAUCAAUCCUACCUUUGGAAAAAGGGCUGUUGUAAAAGGUUGGUUUCAUUUGUACUUAAAUCCAAACUGACUGUAUGCUAUAGUUACAGAUGGGAUUGUUAAGGUAGUUCACACUUAGAUCUCUUUGUACUUGUUCCCACUAAAACUGAAGACGUAACCGUUCAGUCAUCCACAAGCCAGCCUCUCUAAUCCCCAGGGUACUUUAAGCAGAUAAUUUAAAAUGUUUCCUGCAGGUUGAACUGAGAUCAGCAUCUGCAUCACAAAUGGAGUGUGUAAUGUGUUUUGUAAAUGCAUUACCAAUGGGAGUUCAGCAUGUAUGGCUGCUUUGGCUAAAUUAGGAAUAAACCACACUGUAAACACAUAACCAACAAUAGGUCUGUGAGCUUGUAAUCAUGAACAGAAGAUGAGGAAUGUAACUGAUUUUGAGUAACUAUUCUAGAUUAAUGCCUAAAGAAUCUUUUCAGUGAGCAAGACAGUUUUUAUUAGAUGACAUAAAUUUGAAUUAUAAAUAAAAUGUGAAAAAUCUGGCAAUCAGACUUGGGUUUUUGAUGACAACAUCCAUAUUGUACAGAGUUUAAAUAUAUUUGCAAGGCUACUUACCUGUUUUUACCUGUCCUGUUUUAGUCUAAAGGCCUCUUUUGAGGUGACUACCAAUGAAGUUAGUUUUUGUAUACAUCGCUUUGUAUCAGCUGUGGUUGUUUAAGAAGUGUUUUACAAGUAAAAUUGGUAUGGUGUGGUAUGGAAAUUCAGGAUAAAGUUAUUGAGCAGAUAAAUCAAAAGAGGUAAACUGUUGCAGAAUACCUUCACAUCUUUAAUCCCUGGUUCAGUAUGUGUUAAGCAGUUUACAUACAAAAUGAUCAGUGGCUGCAACGUUGGUUUCCCUUUGAAUGACUUAAUAUGUACAUUAUGGGUCCUUUAUCUCUGACUAACCGAGACUAGAGCCCUCCUUCCGUUACAAGACUUGACAAAAACCCAAAGGACAUAUAAUUCGGUGUUAAAUUCAUGUUUACAUGUUGAGUUUUAUUCUAACAGUUCAGGCUUCUUAAAAACACUUUUUAAUUAAUAUUUUUCUUUAAAAAAUGACUUCGUAAAAUCAAUUCCUAUUUUUUUUGUCAUUUACAACUUUAAACUCUGGUGGUUUCUUUUUCAUCACCUGCACACUCUCACACUAAUAUCAUGUCAACUCCAGGUGUCCCGUGUUCCCAUGCAAACCAGCACGAUCAUGCCUGAAGUGUUUGCCUAUCCACCUGCUCAUUUGUAUGUGGUUUUUCGUUACUCGUAUCUGCAGCUACUGAAAGGAUAGCACUUCUAGAGCUUCCAGUGAAGUUGAGAUGAGGACAGCUUGAUUUAUUUUCAGCACUAUUUUUAAUCAUUAAAACUGUUUCAAUAAGGUGUAGGCGCAUCUAAAUCUUCAGCUCGUUUUAGCUGACUGGACGAUUUACUGCGGGACAGGACUGAAGAAGAAUGAAGGGCACGUUGGCCUGAUCAAAAGUAAUCGGCGGUCAUUAAAUUUGAGCAUCUUGGUUAUGUAACAUGCUGGGAAGCCCGGUUGGUCGAGCUCUUGACGCUACACCGUGACGACGUGAGGAUCUCUUAUCUCCAUCAGGGAUGGAGGUAGAUUCGAUUAACAGGAGACAAGUUCAUGCUUCCCUCGGUGUGUCUGAGGACCCCGUGAUGCGACAGGGAGAGAGACAGUCUUCGUCCUCCUUCGUGCACCACCAGUGAGACCGGGAUGCGGUUUUCCGGCGGUGUCGGUCGCUAACUGAGCCCAUUUUGACACCAGGAGGAAAAAAACAUAUUGGCCGUUCUCUGCUGGAGGUAACACUCGGGAAGCAUGGCAGGCGCAAAGCUGACGCCCUCUCCCUCGGAGAUCGACCCAGACGUCAAGACCGAUGUGCAGAAAACACCAGAGCCCACCUGGGUCAAUCCCUCCAACCCUCUCCGGACCAUCGGCUCUUUGGGGAGCGAUGUCGACCAAAGGUAUCAGGAGGAGUACAGUAUGGACUCAACCAAUGCCCAGGUUCAGGUAGAGUUCUAUGUGAACGAAAACACCUUCAAGGAGAGGCUAAAGCUUUUCUUCAUCAAAAACCAAAGGUCAAGCCUGAGGAUCCGCUUGUUCAAUUUCUCACUGAAGAUUCUCACCUGUGCCCUCUACAUAUUAAGAGUCAGCUUGGAAGAUCUGAAGGAGAAAAAUGGGAGCCCAUGUGCAAUGAAUCGAAGCAAUGGUUGGAAUGAUACAUCAGAGCCACCACAAAUCAAAUGGGAACGCAUUUUCUGGGUGAACAGACGAGAGUCUGUGUGGGCAAUACAGGUGACAGUGGCCUUAAUCAGUUUUUUGGAGACUAUGCUUAUCACAUAUCUCAGCUACAAGGGAAACAUUUGGGAGCAGAUCUUCCAGAUUUCCUUCAUACUGGAAAUGAUCAACACAGUGCCAUUUAUAAUCACAAUUUUCUGGCAUCGAUUAAGAGACAUAUUCGUCCCUGUGUUUCUUAACUGCUGGCUAGCCAAAGGUGCUCUGGAGAAUAUGAUUAAUGAUUUCCAUCGUGCCAUCCAAAGGACCCACUCUGCCAUGUUUAAUCAGGUGUUCAUCCUCAUCUGCACCUUACUGUGUCUGGUUUUCACCGGGGCUUGUGGGAUCCAGCAUCUAGAGAGAGCUGGGAAGAACUUGACCUUAUUUGACUCGUUCUAUUUCUGCAUCGUUACUUUCUCCACCGUGGGCUACGGGGACGUCACGCCACAAAUCUGGCCCUCCCAGCUGCUGGUGGUCAUUCUCAUCUGUGUUGCCCUGGUGGUCCUGCCGCUACAGUUUGAAGAACUAGCAUACCUGUGGAUGGAGAGCCAGAAGUUGGGGGGGAACUAUAGUCGACAUCGGGCGCAGACAGAGAAGCACGUGGUGCUGUGUGUCAGCUCGCUGAAGAUAGACCUGCUGAUGGAUUUCCUCAAUGAGUUCUACGCUCAUCCCAGAUUACAGGACUAUUAUGUGGUGAUUUUGUGCCCGACAGAGAUAGACAUUCAAGUUCGUCGAAUUCUCCAGAUCCCCCUGUGGUCCCAGAGGGUUAUCUACUUGCAAGGAUCUGCUCUCAAAGACCAGGACCUGAUGAGGGCCAAGAUGGACGAUGCUGAGGCCUGCUUCAUCCUGAGCAGCAGGAACGAAGUCGACCGAACGGCAGCUGAUCACCAGACUAUUUUGAGGGCAUGGGCUGCAAAAGACUUUGCUCCAAACUGCCCUCUCUACGUACAGAUUCUCAAACCAGAAAAUAAAUUUCAUGUUAAGUUUGCUGAUCAUGUAGUAUGUGAAGAGGAGUUCAAGUACGCUAUGUUGGCACUCAACUGUGUGUGUCCAGCCACGUCCACUUUAAUUACGCUGUUGGUUCACACCUCCAGAGGACAGGAGGGGCAGUUAUCACCGGAGCAGUGGCAGAGGACAUAUGGACGCUGCUCUGGAAACGAGGUCUACCACAUCCGUUUGUGUGACAGCAAGUUUUUUGGGGAGUACGACGGAAAGAGUUUCACCUAUGCUUCCUUCCACGCCCACAAGAAGUAUGGCGUGUGUUUGAUUGGAGUUAAAAGAGAGGACAACAAAAGCAUCCUCCUGAACCCCGGACCUCGCCACAUCAUGGCUGCCACCGAUACCUGCUACUACAUCAACAUCACCAAGGAAGAGAACUCUGCUUUCAUCUUCAAGCAAGAGGAGAAGCACAAGGGCCUGCCUGUCUCCGGGCUCUAUGACGCCCCCUCAAGGCUACCUGUGCACAGCAUCAUCGCCAGCAUGGUUGAUCAGGCCACUUCAUUUGGCACCGUAGCCAUUGACCUGCAGCAUCCCGAUCCUCCUGAGGAAACCGGCAAACUUGCCCUCCCAACAGAGAAUGGAGCUGGAAGCCGCCGACCGAGCAUCGCCCCCGUUCUGGAAAUCGCUGACUCCUCCUCCAUCCUGCCCUGCGACCUCCUCAGUGACCAGUCAGAGGAUGAGACCAACCAAUCAGAUGAGGAAGGCUCUGUAGGUUCAGACUUUGUGAAGGGCUAUCCCCCCAACUCACCCUACAUCGGCAGCUCUCCAACCCUGUGCCACCUCCUACCACAGAAAGCUCCGUUCUGCUGCCUUCGCCUCGACAAGGGCUGCACACAUAACAGCUUCGAGGAUGCCAAGGCAUACGGCUUCAAGAAUAAGCUGAUUAUAGUGUCUGCAGAGACGGCCGGAAAUGGUCUCUACAACUUCAUCGUCCCUCUGCGGGCUUAUUAUCGGCCCAGAAAAGAACUCAACCCCAUAGUGCUGCUACUGGACUACCCGCCAGACAACCAUUUCUUAGAGGCCAUUUGCUGCUUUCCAAUGGUUUACUUCAUGGCCGGCACAAUUGAUAACUUGGACAACCUGCUGCAGUGUGGUAUCAUCUAUGCUGACAACUUGGUCGUUGUGGACAAGGAGAGCACUAUGAGUGCUGAGGAAGACUACAUGGCAGAUGCCAAGACCAUCGUCAAUGUCCAGACAAUGUUCAGGUUGUUCCCCAGUCUCAGCAUCAUCACUGAGCUCACGCAUCCAUCCAACAUGAGGUUCAUGCAGUUCAGAGCCAAGGACUGCUACUCACUCGCACUCUCCAAACUGGAGAAGAACUGCUGUAAUUCUUCGUGGCAUAGAUUCACACAGCUGCUACAGAUUUGGCUGCACAUCCAUGAUGACAAUUUCCUGUUCUACCACAUCCCAAAGAUAGAGCGUGAUAAGGGCUCCAACCUGGCUUUCAUGUUCCGGCUGCCGUUUGCUGCAGGCAGAGUGUUCAGUAUCAGCAUGCUGGAUACACUACUUUACCAGUCAUUUGUCAAGGACUACAUGAUUGCCAUCAUCAGGCUUCUCCUUGGUCUGGACACCACGCCUGGUUCUGGGUACCUAUGUGCUAUGAAGAUCACAGAGGAGGACCUGUGGAUCAGGACCUACGGCAGACUCUUCCAGAAACUUUGCUCCUCCAGCGCUGAGAUUCCCAUCGGGAUCUACCGGACCGAGUCGCAUAUGUUCUCAACCUCAGAGUGCAGGGACAGUAAUGCACAGUCUCAGGUGUCCAUCAACGUGGAGCAGGGUGAGGAGCACCGUGAUCGUGGAGGAUCCUGGAAGGAGAAGACGGGCUACAGAAACUCCACCACGAGUGACCAAUCGGAGCACCCGCUGCUAAGGAAGAAGAGCAUGCAGUGGGCUCGGCGGCUGAGCAGGAAGAACGUCAAACCGUCGACCAGAGCGGAGCGCAUCUCACAGCAGAGACUGAAUCUGUAUCGGCGCUCCGAGCGACAGGAGCUGUCCGAGCUGGUCAAGAAUCGCAUGAAGCACCUGGGCCUCCCCACUGUGGGAUACGAGGAUGUUUCUAAUCUCACUGCGAGCGAUGUCAUGAAUCGAGUAAAUCUAGGAUAUUUGCAAGAGUUGCAGGACAUUUCAGAGCACCCGUAUUCAGAGGGGACCAGGCUGUCAGGGCCACAAGCAGAUGAGAUGAACGACCACCAGAACACGCUGUCCUACGUCCUCAUCAAUCCUCCUCCUGACACCAUGCUGGAGCUCAACGACAUUGUGUAUAUAAUCCGCUCAGACCCACUGGCGCACGUGCCGGAGGACUCGCAGGUGGGACCGGCUCGUUGUAGCAGGAACCAGCAAGACUUUGGCACAGAGACCAGAGAUGAGACUCACCUCUGAAACCCACCCACGCCCCCAGAGUCCUCUACACACCCUGACCCUUAACCUCUAAAAGCCGGCCUGGGCCCACUGAGCUAGUUUGUCUCACACAGAUAAAGGCUCCUAUCGGGCCGAGAUCAGCUGUCCAUAGUGAAUGUGCAUUAAGUGUGUCUCAGCUCGAGACCAGAAACAAUCAACAUCUUAAAAAUUCACCCCUGAGAGAUCUCUUGUUUCCCUACCGAGCUGCUAUAGAAAGAUGCAUGAAGAGUGCCUCGUCAUCACCUGCCAUUCAAACACACGCAAACACACGCAAACACACAUCACCCACGAAAACAAUCUGAAACUGAGAACCCUCCUCCGAAAAAAAAGGACGGCGAGAGUAGAGCUUAAACAGAAUAUCUUCACCGUCACUUCGUUCACCAAGCAGUGCGGUUGACCUCAUACCAUGACCUCCUCUGUGCUUGUUUCUACCUGAAUUUACAAAAGAACAGAAACCUGGGGCAACUACACCCUCCUUCACAUCUAAACGAUCAUGUCAUCUAAAGACGAGGGUAAAUGCUUUGAAUUUCUUCUUUUUUAGGCAUUUAACCUAAAAUUACACUACCUGUGCACUUCUCUUUACUUAUUUAUUUUAGCUUAAUUCAAAUUUUAAAACUUUGUUAGACAGGUUUUUUAUUUACUUACAAGCACAACCUUUUUUUCUGUAAAUAUACACACUGCCGUGCUACUUUUAUCAGCCAGGUUUGCGGUAUAUUUCUGGAAAUGACUUUGUUGUGAUCAUUGCUAGAAAGUACAUUUAUUCCUAAUUUAUUUCAUUAAGUUUUCCAAGUCAUGUCUGCUCUACUGUAUGUGCCAUUCUGUUUACACUAUUGCUUUGUGAAUAUCGUUGAAUUAUUUAUAACUUUUGUGCCAUUCUGCAUCUUUUUAGUAUGGAGCCUGUCAGCAGCAGUACAGGUGGAAAUAAAACGUUCGUUAUUCCUUGUCUUACUGCAGUGGGUGCACAAAAUGUUAAUUCAUGUUCUUAAA